AAACGAGCCCACGCUAUCUCUUUUUUUUUUUGCCCAUUCUCAACCCCCAUUUCUCUCCUCGUCUCGUUUGUGCGCGGCCGGCGAGAGCGCGCGGGGGUUUGAUCGAUCCAUCGAAUCGUUGGCGGGAUCGGCACCGGCGCCACUAGGUAGCUGCGGAUCGGCGCUCCUCGUUUUAUGAGCACCAAGGAGAGACCCACUCUCGGUGGCACGCGGAUUAAGACCCGCAAACGGAAUAUUGCAAUUCCGUUGGACCCAUCUUCUUUCGCGGAUGCUAUAGUCCAGAUCUACUUGGAUCAUGCUGGUGAUCUGGAGCUGACUGCCAAGAGUAUCGAGGCCUCGGAUCUUGAUUUCUCACGCUAUGGUGACACCUUCUUCGAGGUUGUGUUCACCGGUGGCCGUAAUCAACCAGGGACGACGAAGCCCGAGGACGGAGAGAGGCAGCCUUAUGCUGUUUUAAAUUGUGAAGCUACUCGACCUAGCAUACUGCCUUACGUUCUGUACAUUCAGAAGAUUAUAAGGCGACGUCCGUUCCUGAUCAAGAAUCUCGAAAAUGUCAUGCGCAGGCUGCUCCAAUCUUUGGAACUCUUUGAUGCCGAUGACCGGAAGAAGCUGGCAAUCUUCACGACCCUUGCUUUGUCCCAGAAGCUCUCGGGCCUGCCACCAGAAACAGUAUUUGCGGCGCUUCUCAAUGACAGCCUCGUGGCAAAGGGGACUGUACUGGGGUUUUGUACGGAGACAUUCAAAGAGUAUCUUCUGGAGAACAGUCUUGACGAUCUCAUAUCGCUCCUGAAGCGUGCGAAAAUGGAGGAUCGUCUCGUGGAGUUGUUCCCAAUGCAGAAGCGAACCCCCGAAGCAUUCGCCGAGCACUUCAGGAAGGAAGGCCUGGGUGUUUUGGUUGAGUACCAUGACAAGAAAGUUUUCGACGUGAAGCUAAAAGAGCUGAGAACCUCGCUGGCCGAUCAGAUUAGUGCGAAUGCGGACAUGGGUGAAGUGAUCGAGACUGUGAAGAGUCGUCGAAAGGAAUCCCUCCUCCCCGACGUGGACGUUGUGCGGACGGUGUGGGAUGCUCUAAUGGAUGCUGUACAGUGGUCAGGCAAGAAUCAACAGCAGAAUGUCAAUCUCGCUCUGCGACAGGUGAAGACAUGGGGCUCGCUGUUAGGCGAAGUCUGCACGUCCGCAAAGCUGGAGAUGGAGCUUAUGUACAAAAUACAGGUCCACUGCUACGAAGACGCAAAGCUCAUGAAGCUCUUUCCUGAGAUGGUGCGCGCUCUCUACGACCAGGACGUGCUGGCCGAGGAUACCAUUUUGACAUGGUUCCGCAAGGGAGCGAAUCCGAAGGGCCGGCAAAUCUUUGCCAAGAGCUUGGAGCCUUUCGUGCAGUGGCUCGAAGAAGCCGAAGAAGAAGAGUAGCAGCUAUAAAACUUUGCAAAGCCAAAGCACACAAGCUUUGUAGAAUAUGCUGAUUUGUACUUCUUGAAUAUUCUUUCCUACGUUUAAAGUAAACAACAAAUGCAAGUUUUUC